GAUGGGAAUGCUCUUAUACGUACUGCGUACACGACUCGGCCAAAAAAUAAAACCUUAAAAACCCGCUCGAUCCGUUGGUAACUCUCUAUUUCGCCUUCCGGCUGCAAUCGGAGCAUCCUACUUUAGGGUUUCAAAGCAAAUACGUAGCCAAAGAGAAAAAGGUUCUCGUUGUCAAAGCAAUUCAUCUUCUGUGUACCCGCAAUCUCUCUCUGCCUGUUUUUUGGGCCUGCUUUCUGUGCCCUAAAAAUAUGCUUCCACUUUCUCUACUUAAGAGUGCCCAAGGGCAUCCGAUGCUGGUGGAACUAAAAAAUGGGGAGACCUACAACGGACAUUUGGUCAACUGUGAUACUUGGAUGAACAUCCAUCUCCGUGAAGUCAUCUGUACCUCUAAAGAUGGAGAUAGGUUUUGGCGUAUGCCUGAAUGCUACAUCCGGGGGAAUACAAUCAAAUACCUUCGAGUUCCUGAUGAGGUGAUAGAUAAGGUUCAGGAAGAAACCAAGAGCCGCUCAGAUAGGAGACCACCUGGUGUUGGGCGUGGAAGAGGAAGGGGUAGAGAGGAUGGUCCUGGUGGACGUCAACCAAAAGGAAUUGGGCGUGGUUUGGAUGAUGGAGGUGCUAAGGGUUCAGGUGGAGGCCGAGGCAGAGGUGGAUCUGGUGGAAAACCAGGUGGAAACAGAGGUGCAGGGCGUGGCCGUGGUUGAUUCAUGUUAUGGUGAACCAACUUCAGUGGGUGGGUUGAAGGUGCAUUGGGUCCAACGUCAUAUGUGCUGUCUGGGUGGUUAGGUUUUUUUGGAAACGUCCAGGUGUUCAGUUGCUCCAGUGCUUCCCCCUUAGGAUUAAUUCAGUUGGAAUUGAUUAAUUUUGUGUAGUUAAUGUAGGUGUAUUAUCUCAGAACACAAGCUUGUACCGUUGUUUUUCUUUUUAUUGAGAAGCCCUAAUACUGAA